ACUCCUUCAGCAUGGAAACACAGAGAGAGUGGUCCAGAAAACAAGGCUCACAUUAACGUUACAUUACAAAGUGCCUGGAAAUAUGUCAGACAUACUGGCAAUGUGGAAGGUGUCCUGGGAUACCCAUGGGACUUCAGCAUUGGUCCCCAGACAGGGCAAUGCGAUGAGACCUGCUACAGCUGCAGACAUCUACUCCAGAAAACCGCAUCAGGGAGCGGAUAGCAGUAGGGACAAAAUGGCUGCUCAUGCCAAGCGUCCUGUGUCGGCUGAGGCCAGUCAAGCCGGACGCACCACAGAUAUCUGGCACUCCCUGACUAAGGACCUGGUGGAGGAGAGCAUUCCCUGCGGGACACAGGAAAGGAAGAGGAGGCCGUCCACAGCCAGGCAACACAGGCAUGAAUACUCCAGUGCCUCAGGCAGUGUGCGGAUCACAGACGUCCAGCUGCAGGGUCUGUUAGUGAGGCUGGGGAACUCCUCCCGGAGACAGCAGGACCUCGGGGGGUUCCGUCUCCAGCAAAACAUAGCGGGACGUCCCAUCGCAGAGUUCCGCUUCCCUCCCAGAACACUCCUCCAGCCAGCUGGCUCUGUUACGGUUUGGUCUGAAGCCUCUGGAAGGAAGACACAGAGCCCAGGGGAAUUCCUUUGGGCAGGGCUGGAGCGCAUCAUGUUGGGACCAGAGUGCACCACAGUCCUAUGCAAAGACAAUGGCCAAGCCAUAGCAUGGUACACACCUGCACGCUGUACUGGGAUAAAGCCACACCAGGCCUGGGCUGAGCCUGAUGAGAAAGUGGAGAGCUGCAGAGAGGACACUUUGUCCUGUGAAGAGGCAAGCAUCCCUGCUACAGAGAUCAACUGCCCUGACAACACACCCUUUCUUCUGAUUAAAAGGAAGAAGCAUGUCUUUAGGGUAUGCCACAGUCCAUGGACCCAGAACCCUUCAUCCAUAACCCAUCCUUUCUGCUCCCCCUGUGCUCUGCUAGACUUCCGGGCCCGGCCCCAGAGCAACCCUGCAAGGCCACACACCGCCGGUGUCCAGGCCAGAAGACCUGCCACCCUACGUUCCCAGAGGACUGGAGUGGGGGGAGGGCCUGUUCGAUCAGCAGGGCCCUGUGUAGGAGGCAUGAUGUUCCUUGGCCCUCAGCCCCCCUGCGCCUCCCCCCUCCAGCAGUACCGCACUGCAGCUACUCUACACAGCCACAACAGUGUUAUCACUGCUUAGAUGCAUGAAAGUCAAGAGGUAGCUACUGCUGCAUAGGCACAUGACUGUCCAGGGACUAUGGACAUGAGACUGAAACCACCUUGGGCAAGCAGCAGAGACAGAGCCCCACUCUAAUCUUCAUCUGUCCUCCUACAGUUUCAUUAGAUCUAUUUUACAGAAGAUCCUCUGUACUGUCAGCUUUGGCAUCUAUUGGUUGCCUGUUUAAAAAUAAAAUACAUUGAACAUGGUAAAAUGGUCACAAAUGUUAACUUUAUUCAAUUGGAUAAAAUAAAAUAUCUAUUUUUUUUUUAAUAGGCAAGUAGCAAAUUUAUUUUCCAGAUGCUUCUACAUCUGCAUUGCUUGCUGUUUGGGGUUUUAGGCUGGGUUUCUGUAUAGCACUUUGUGACAUCUGCUGAUGUAAAAAGGGCUUUAUAAAUACAUUUGAUUGAUUGAUUGAACCAAACCAAGGCAAAAACACAGGGGAUAGAACAGGGUCAAGGGGAAACACUACAACAGUGUAAAUGGAUCUAGAACUUUUCCCCACAUUUUACAUUUAUGUCAUUUAGCAGACGCUCUUAUCCAGAGCGACUUACAGUUAGUGAGUGCAUACAUUU